CGUCGCGCUGGAAGCAAGACGGGUCCCCGCUGCGCGUAAUGUCAUCUUAUUCUUGGGCGACGGCAUGUCCGUGCCUACUCUCGCUGCCGCACGGACGCUGCUGGGGCAACGUCGCGGAUACACCGGAGAGGAAGCAGAGCUCUCCUUCGAAACCUUCCCGACGUCUGGUUUGAGCAAGACGUACUGUGUUAACGCUCAAGUCGCAGACUCUGCGUGCUCGGCGACGGCAUACUUAUGCGGUGUAAAAGCAAACCAAGGCACCCUUGGCGUGUCGGCUUCUGUACCGCGUUCGAAUUGCAGUGCGUCAUUAGACCCUGCUGCACGACUACAGUCUAUCGCAGCGUGGGCGUUGGCGGAUGGGCGCGAUGCUGGCCUCGUUACCACCACUCGGGUGACGCAUGCGUCGCCAGCCGCUACAUACGCAGGGGCCGCCAACCGCAACUGGGAAAACGAUGCCAGUGUGCGUGCUGACGGGGCCGACCCGCAGCAAUGUCCCGAUAUUGCAACGCAAUUAAUCACUGAAGACCCUGGUCGCCAAUUUAAGGUGAUACUAGGAGGAGGACGACGCGAAUUUUUACCAAGCCAUGUUGUAGAUGAAGAGGGAUCGAAUGGAACUAGGACAGACGGUCGCAACUUAAUAGAAGAAUGGCGGUCAGACAAGAUUGAACGUAAUGUUACACAUAGCUACGUUUGGAAUCGAGAGCAACUGUUAGGCGCCAAUGCAACAAUGCCAGAAUAUCUGAUGGGUUUAUUCGAGAGCAGCCACCUACGGUACAACAUGCCUACCAAUCCCACGACCGAGCCUUCUCUGGCUGAACUGACCGAAGUUGCUAUACGAAUGCUACAGCGAAACAAUAAGGGUUUCUUUCUAUUCGUCGAAGGUGGACGC